GUACAACCAGAGCGUGGGGUACAUACCUUACACACCCUUCCCACCCCCCCGGCGCCGACACGGGUAGCAACAGCACCGCCGCCGACCACCACAUCCCACUUUGCACCGCGAUACACGCCGUACGCCGGACGUCACCUCGGAAAACCUAACCCAGUUCACGAACACCAGAACGGCCCGGACCGUGAACCAGGCUACCCAUUGCGCCGCAUACCUCCUCUGCCGAGCCACCAGCCUUUCUACCACAACCCCUCGUCCAUCAUGGCCAAGAAGCGGAAGCUCGGGUCGAUAAACCACAAGAGCCACUUCGUGGACACGGUGAAGAAGAAGACGGGCGGCGCACCGCAGAACAACAAUGGCAAGAACAACAACAAGAAGAAGAACCCAAAGAGCGCCCAAGCCCUCGAAAGCGACGCCAAGAAGAAGAAGGCGCAACAGCAGUACCACCAGAACCAGGAGCCCGUGAUACCGUUCUCCAAGGAAGACGCCAUCCUGCUGAUCGGUGAGGGCGACCUCAGCUUCGCAGCGAGUCUUGCAACACACCAUGGCUGCCGUAACCUAACUGCGACGGUCCUCGAGAAGAACGAGCGGGAGCUACUGGAGAAGUACCCCCAGGCCGCGGAGAACAUUGCGCAGAUCAACGGGACCGCCACUACCACAAAAUCUACCAAGUCAAAAGCAGCAAAGAGCGAGGGCGAGGGCGAUGCCGAGGACGACGAGAACGACAGCAAGGAACCCACCGAGGCCGAGUCACCAGAAGCAGAAGAGGAAGAGGAGGAGGAGGAGGAGGAGGAGGAGGAAAUCGACGAAGACGACGACGAGAAGUACAAACCUCCCGUCCAGAACAACAACAGGGUCCUCUACAACAUCGACGCCCGCUCCAUGAAACCCUUCACCCGCAAAUCCGCCCCGAACCACCGCGGCUUCCACAUGUCGGCCCCGACAAAGACGGGCAUCUUCAACCGCAUCCUCUUCAACUUCCCCCAUGUCGGCGGCAAGUCCACCGACCGCAACCGCCAAGUCCGCUACAACCAGGAGCUCCUCGUCGCCUUCUUCACCUCGGCCCUCCCCAGCCUGGCGCCCAAGGGCACCAUCGUCGUGACCCUGUUCGAGGGCGACCCCUACACGCUGUGGAACGUCAAGGACCUCGGCCGCCACGCGGGCUUACAGGCGCUGGAGAGCUUCAAGUUCCAUUCCCGCGCGUACCCGGGCUACAAGCACGCGCGGACGGCGGGUGUGAUACGGGAGAAGAAGACGGGGGAGGCGAGCGGGGCGGCGUGGAAGGGGGAGGAGAGGGCGGCGCGGAGUUUUGUGUUCAUGCGCAAGGACGAAGCGCCCGAGGUGCAGCCUUCCCAGAAGAAGAAGAGGAAGCGCGGCGGGGAGGAGAGUGAUAGUGAGGAUGAGGUUUCUGAGGUGGAGAUGGAGGAGCCCUUUGAUGAAACGGGGGGAUGGGUUGGGCAGUAAUCGGCUAAGAGUGGAAGAUGAGAGGAGGAACUGACUACCUCGUGUCUGACAGUAGAGAGAGACCGAGGAAGAAUCGCUUCAUGCGUGAUGAAAGUGCAGAAGGAAGGCAUGAACAGCGCCUGAAGUGUAUAUGGCCUAGCGGAAGAAGCUGAGUGCCUGAGAUCGGCAGAGAGCGAGAGUUCCAAUUUGAUGGCCAUACAUAGGGCCUCAGGCAACUCAUCAUUUGGAGAUUCGCGCUUCUUUCUCACCCACCCCGACCCCCUUGGAUUCUCAGCACGGUGAGGAUUUAAACCCCUUGGGUAGAGGAGCAAAAGCCCAAGUCCAGAAGGAGAGGAUCUAUGGUAUCGGGUCUACUACAUCGCCCAUUGGCAUCUCGCAUUUGGCAUAUAUGGCGCGGCGUUCAUCAUGGGAUGGUCAAGUCGGUCUUCGAGAAUAGGGGGGGGAAAGCUAUCUGGUUUAUAAAAGCAAAAUGGAAGCCUCAAGGCAAUCUGAAUUCAAAAGGAG